CAGGAGAUAUGGUACAUAUUGAUAAGGUAUACCCUGGUAUAGCGGGCGCGUUUAGAUUGACCAAUCAUAUUCUCAUCUUCCCCUCAUUUCCAAGGGUUCAUGGGGAUUGAUGACUCUAAUAGGUACCUAUCGGGUACGUACACACAUCAAUUGAUCAAUAAUUCUUGUUACCAUUUCGUUACUUAGCAAUUGCCCUCUUCUCGCCUCUCUUCCUUCAACAUUCUCGAACAAAACGAUUAACCCGCACCACGUACCACGUAUCACGCACAUAUAUCUCCGAAUUUGAUCACGAGAUAACUCGAACUUCCUUCCAAAACUACUCAAUUGCGACGAACAAUAAUCAACCGACAAGAUGCAAGGCUUCCUUCUUUCCCUCUCCCUCGUCGCAUCUCUUACUCUCGGUGUUGUGGCCUCGGACCCUUCAGAGCUCAAGAUUGAUGUAACUUUACCCGUCGAAUGCGACCGAAAAACACAAAAGGGCGACAAUAUUCAAGUACACUAUAGAGGUACACUUGCUGCCAAUGGAAAUAAAUUCGAUGCCAGCUACGAUCGGGGUACGCCUUUUGGCUUCAAGCUUGGAGGCGGUCAAGUCAUCAAGGGAUGGGAUCAAGGACUUUUAGAUAUGUGCAUCGGAGAAAAAAGGACUUUGACUGUACCACCUGAGUUCGGAUACGGAAACCGAGGCAUUGGUCCCAUCCCAGCAGGAUCUACUCUUAUUUUCGAGACGGAACUUAUAGGUAUUCAGGGUGUCCCAAACCCCGAGUCCAUCGUAACAAAGGCUACCGACAGUGCGAGCUCUGUCGCAAGCGAAGCCUCGGAGACAGCCGAGAAGGCUUCGACAAAAUUAGCAGAGAAGAUUGCGAGCAAGGUUGAAGAGGCCGCCGAGGUUGUUGGUACCAUAAUCGCCGACACUGACGACACACAAGAGCACAACGAGUUAUAAGCUACAUAUCUACCUACCUGCGUAUAUAAGUCGUAAGCCAUAGGUGGUACUCUAUAUUUUUGGUCAUGCAAAUAUAAUUGGCGUGAGCUACAUAUAGAGCUGCCAAGCGUUGCUGCUUCUUAUCUGCCUCCUA